CCUCAAUCUACAAACCGAGCAUAGCCCAGAGAGUGAAAAGUAAGCUAGGUCGAACCUCGGCAACUCCACCUUGCCGUACGUACUCCACCAGGGCAGAGUCUCCAACAUCCCCUUCCCGAAAGCUUCCCCAUAAAUACUACAUAGCCUAGAACAACAACAACCACCACCACCAACACCAACAUCAAACCAAUCCCAAUCUCAGUCCUCCCCUCCUCCACACAAUCAAAUCAAGACAAUAUCUCAAUCCCAAUCCCAAUCCCCACCCCCAACCAACACCCAAAGAGAAUGACCACCCCAACAGCCAAAUACGCCUCCCUCUCCUUCCCCCUCCCCCACAUCCUCCUCGUCACCCUCAACCGACCCCGCGACCUCAACUGCAUCAACACGCAAGGCCACGCCGAACUCGACGCCAUCUGGCGCUGGAUGGACGCCAACCCGGCCUUACGGGUGGGCGUGCUCACCGGCAGCGGGAAGGCGUUUUGCGCUGGCGCCGACUUGAAAGAAUGGCUCUCAACCACCACCACCACCACCACACCAACCCAAAAGUCCAACCCCAUAGCCCCCGCCACCGGCUUCGGGGGCCUCUCGCGGCGCACGGGUAAGAAGCCCAUCAUCCUGGCGGUGAACGGGCUCUGCCUCGGGGGCGGGUGCGAGAUGGCUGUGAACGCGGACCUGGUGAUCGCGUCGGAGCGGGCCUACUUUGGGUUCCCGGAGGUGGCGCGCGGGGUGGUGGCGUGGGCCGGGGCGCUGCCGCGGCUGGUGCGGACGGUGGGCCGCCAGCGCGCGAUGGAGAUGGUGCUCACGGGCCGGAAGGUGAGUGCCGCCGAGGCGCUGCGGUGGGGGUUCGUGAACGAGGUCGUGCCGAUCGAUGCUGAGGGGGAGCCCGAGCGGGAUGUCGUGCACCGCGCCCUGGAGGUCGCGGGGCGCAUCGCGGCCAAUAGUCCCGAUGCCGUGGUGGUGAGUCGCGCAGGCGUGAAUCGGGGGUGGGAGCGGGAGGGCGCCGAUGAGGCGACGGUCAAGCUGAUGGAGGAGUGGAUGGAGAAAUUGAACGCCGGGGAGAAUAUCAAAGAGGGGCUGAGGGCCUUUGUGGAGAAGAGACACCCCAAGUGGGUGGAUAGUAAGUUGUAG